GUUCCCUGUUUACCUAAAGCAUUUUCUUCCUACUUUUUUCUGUGAAUUGAGGCACCUGUCUGCUGGGAGAAUCCACACCUUUUGGUCUGUGAACUCCUUCCUCUUACCAGACCUGGUAUGGCCUCUAAAGUGGGAGGGAGAGUUAGCAGAAAAGUAUUUCUCUCUUCCUUCUUGAAGGGGGUGUGUCCUGUGCUUGUGUGCCUGCAAGGGCAGUUAAUGUGGGCCAGAAGUUGCUGAUGAAUCAGCGGACCUGUGUUGGUGCCUGGGAGUUGCGGAGGUCCCGGUCUAGAACCAGUGUUGUCUCUCUGAACAGCAGAAGUGGUUGAGCCACAAGUUUCUUGGAAGAAAGGCUCCCUCGGGCUGUGGUGUCACAGAGCCAUCACCAGAUCAGGGGGCAGUGCUGGUGGAGAUGAUGCGGUUUGCCUGAAGCUUGGAGCACACCCAGGCAGCAAGUCACAGACUGAGCACCUGGCUGUCCAUGCACCAGCCAGUGGAGAGCAGAGGGCCUGCUGACAAUGAGACUUGGAGUGCUGUGGCUCGUCUUUUUCUUCACUGUCACUGAGGGCCACGAGGGCUUCCCAGCGAGAAAUGAUAACAUGAAAACAAAAAGAGAAUUCAGUGUGGAUAAGAAAAAGAAUUCAGGACCCAUCCAGGAAUAUGAACUGCUGCUUCAGGUGACCUAUAGAGACACAGAGGAGAAAAAAUUCUUGGAGAAUUUUCUGGAGCUCUUGAAUCCUCCACCAUUAUGGUUCUACGGGCCAGUGAAGAUCAUCAGAGCAAAGGCCACCACGUACUGUAGCAGCCUGAAUGGAAUAUUGCGGUGUGGCUGUGAAGAUAGCUACACAUGGUUUCCUCCCUCGUGCCUUGACCCCCGGUAUUGCUGUCUUCACAUGGCUGGAUCACUCCCAAGCUGUGAAUGUCAUCUCAACAACCUCAGCCAGAGUGUCAAUUUCUGCGAAAGAGCAAAGGUUUGGGGCACUUUCAAAAUUAACGAACGAUUUACAAAAGACCUUUUGAAUUCAUCUUCUCCCAUGUACUCCAAAUACACAGCUGGAAUUGAACUUCAACUUAAAGAAGUGUACAAAGGAAUUCAAGGUUUUGAGUCAGUUCAGGUCAUCCAAUUUCGAGAAGGAAGCAUUGCUGUUGGCUAUGAAGUUAUUGGCUCCAGCAGCACAUCAGAGCUACUGUCCUCCAUUGAGCAGGUGGCAGAUAAGGCUAAGGCAGCCCUUCACAAGCUGUUUCCAUUGGAAGAUAGCUCUUUCAGAGUGUUCAGAAAAGCCCAGUGUAACAACAUUGUCUUUGGAUUUGGUUCUAUCAACGAUGAGUACACUCUUCCCUGUAGCAGUGGCUACAAUGGAAACAUCACAGCCAGGUGCCAGUCCUCUGGGUGGCAGGUCAUCAGGGAGAACUGCGUGCUGUCUCAGCUACAAGAACUGCAGAAGAAUUUCAGUGUAAUUGCAGACAAUGCUACUGAGGCAGACAUGUCAUCCUUGGUGCACAAUCUUUCAAUCAUCCUUCAGCAAAAUGCUCCGACCACAGCUGGGAAUCUGGCCUCAGUGGUGUCCAUCCUGAGCAACGUUUCAUCCCUUUCUUUGGCAAACCAUUUCAGGGUGUCCAAUUCGACAAUGGAGGAUGUUAUCAGCAUAGCUGACCAUAUCCUUAAUUCAUCAUCAAUAACUUACUGGGAAGUCUUACUGCAGGAAGAAAAGCAUGUCAGCUCACAGUUACUAGAGACACUGGAAAACAUCAGCAUUCUGGUUCCUCUGACAGCUCUGCCUCUGAAUUUUUCUGGAAAAUUCAUUAACUGGAAAGGGAUUCCUGUGACUGAAAGUCAAGUCCAAGAGGGUUACAACUAUCAGAUGGAAAUGUUGCAAAAAAACACCUCCAUUCCUAUCAGAGGCCACAUAUUAAUUGGGCCAGACCAAUUUCAGAGACCACUUCCUCAAACUAUAAUCAGCAUGGCCUCAUUGACCAUGGGGAAAAUUCUACCCAUUACUACACAUGAACAUUUUCAGGUCAAUGGACCUGUGAUGUCUACAGUUAUCCAAAACUAUUCCAUCAGUGAAGUUUUCCUGACCUUUUCCAAGAUAGAAUCAAACCUGAGCCAGCCCCAUUGCGUGUUUUGGGAUUUUCGUAAUGUGCAGUGGAACAAUGCAGGCUGCUACCUCGUGAAUGAAACUCCAGACACAGUGGUGUGUAAAUGUACUCACCUGACCUCCUUCUCCAUGUUGAUGUCACCCUUUGUCCCCGCUGUGAUCAUCCCUGUUGUGAAAUGGAUCACCUAUGUGGGACUGAGUAUUUCCAUCCUAAGUCUCACCUUAUGCCUGGCCAUUGAGGCUCUGCUAUGGAAGCAAAUCAAGAAAAGCCAGAUUUCAUACACACACCAUAUUUGCAUGGUGAACCUAGCCCUGUCCCUGCUGAUUGCUGAUAUUUGGUUUAUUGUUGCUGCCACGGUGGACACUACGGUAAACCCUUCUGGACUCUGUAUUGCUGCAGUGUUCUUUACACAUUUUUUCUACCUCUCUUUGUUCUUCUGGAUGCUCACACUUGGUGUCCUGUUGGCUUAUCGGAUCAUCCUCGUGUUCCAUCAUAUGGCCAUGCCUUUGAUGAAGGCUAUCGGCUUCUGCAUGGGCUAUGGGUGCCCUCUUGUUAUAUCUGUCAUCACCAUUGCAGUCACACAACCUGGAGACAGCUACAAAAGUGAAGUGGUGUGUUGGCUUAACUGGUCCAGCGAGAGCAAACCACUUUUGGCUUUUGUUGUGCCUGCACUGACUAUUGUGACUGUGAAUUUUGUUGUGGUGAUCUUAGUUCUCAUGAAGCUCUGGAGGCCAGCUGUUGGAGAAAGACUGAGUCAUGAUGACAAGGCCACUGUCAUCCGCAUGGGGAAGAGCCUCCUCAUUCUGACCCCUCUACUAGGGCUCACUUGGGGCUUUGGUAUAGGAACAAUGGUGGACAACCACAACUGGGCUUGGCACAUAAUUUUUGCAUUACUCAAUGCACUUCAGGGGUUUUUCAUCCUAUGUUGUGGAAUAUUCUUGGAUAAUAAGCUUCGACAACUUCUGUUCAAUAAGUUUUCUCCAUUAGUCAGUUGGAAGCAGACAUCAAAGCAAAACUCAUCAGAUGUGUCGGCCAAACCCAAAUUUAUGAAGACUUUUAAUCCACUGCAAAACAAAGGCAAUUAUACACUUUCUCACUUUAGGAGUUCCUCCAACCACAUCAUGCUAACUCAGUUUUUAUCAACUGAAUCAGGCAAAGAAGCCUAAUAUCAAGGAAAACUUUUUGAAGCACUUGGACAUUUUGAGCUAAAUGUCAGUGAGAAAAUAUCUUAUUAGUUGAGAUUUUUUUUGGUUUAGGAAUCUUGGAAUAAAACAAGGUGGUCUCAGCACCUUCAUCACCACCUCCUUUAUCUUCAAUUAAAUGGAAAGAUUUAUUCUCAUAUUGUAGAUUCAAAGAAGUUGCUCUAUAAAUGCAGAAGUGUAUAUUUUGUUGGAAAUUUUGUCAAUUGUGCCAUCUUUUCAUGACUGCAAACUAUGGUUUCCUUUUCAUAAAAUAACAUUCAUGUAACAUUUCAAAUCAUAUGGAUUGGAACAAGAAAACUUCAUGAAAUAGCCUUAUUAUUAAUGGGCCAUGUUUACUUUCUUGUUAAAAAGUCAUUGGAAUAAAUUUUCUAGACAAAAAGCAUUUUAUGCUUGUUUUCACUUCUUAGGUUCAGCCAUUUAACUUUGAAAGUUAGAAGUAAAAUCAAAGCUUCCAUUUCAGAUACUUUUUCAGCCAUUUAGCAGAAAGUAUAAAACAUGAUUUGAUAUGUAGUAGGGUAUUUUCUAGUUUACAAGGCAAUGUGAGAAGGAAGUUGAAGGAGGAUUUGGUUGUCAUCUUUCAGAGAGACGCCUUGAAGCAUACCUGAUUUUAUUCCAUCUUCUUUUGAAAGUUGUUGAUUUGUGUGGCUAGUGCUAUUUUUGGAUGAGAUUCAGGGCAGCAGGUAAAUAGAUGCUAUGUGAAACAAUAUUUUCCUUCCAUACUUAUGUCAUUUCUGGUUCACCCAAGUUUUAUCCCUCACCACAGUGCCCAGAAUACACAAGCCCUUGGAUUUAAACUUGCUAUUUUGAGAAUUGUAAAGUCUUUGAAGCAUCUGUUAGCUUCCCAACAUGAAAAAUCUUUGUGGGGUUGGCAUUGUGGCCAGCAUCCAAUACAGGCACUGGUUCAAGUCCUGGCUGCUCCACUUCUGAUCCAGCUUCCUGCUAAUGCAUCUGAGAGAAGCAUUGUGAUAUGGCCCAAAUCCUUGGGUCCUUGCACCUACGUGGGAGACCAGGAAGAAGCGCCUGGCUCCUGGUUUUGGCCCGGCCCAACCACAGUGAUUGAGGCUAUUUGGGGGUGGACCAGUAGACAGAAGGUCUCCCUCCCAAUCUUUGUGUCUCUUUGUAACUCUGCCUUUCAAAUAAGUAAAAUAAAUCUUUUUUUUAAAAAGAAAG